AUGCCGCCAAAAAUGAGGGUACGUCUUAGUCUUCGGUCUGAAAGAGCGUCUGCUAUGAGGGCAAGAAGGGCCUGCGAGUCCCAGGAGCAGACUACAAUGCGACUAUCACAGGUCGCUCAACGCAGCGUCCUAACGCAGGCCUCGCAGUCACAAGAGGAGCGUGCCUGCUGCUUGGCCGGGAAAGCUGCCUACAAGGCUUCGUUGCGAUCAAGGCUCAAGAAUGCACAGCGGUCGAGAAUGAACGCACAGGCUGCAGCAAACCCCUCUGCAUCUUGGGCUUCCGAGACUUAUCAUCAAAGGCUUCUUCGUAAUGUAAGAAACGCUGCUGCCACCGCGAACUCCAAGGCAAUAGAGACACUUGACCGCAGGCGAGACCGUCAAUCCAGGGACGCUGCUGCAAAAGCGACCGCUAGGGCUGCUGAAACUCCGCUCCGUGGGUCUGUUCGAAAUGCUACGAAUGCUGCCACCACUAGCAGGUCGUGGGGAGCUGAAACAUUUGACCGCAGGCGUGACCGUCAAUCCCUGGACGCUGAUGCAACAGCAACCGCUAGGGCUGCUGAGACACUGCUCCGUAGGUCUGUUCGAAAUGCUACAAAUGCUGCCACCAUUUGCCAGGUCGAGGGCGCCUGUCAAUCCAAGGACGCUGCUGCAACAGCUAGGUCGAGGGAGUCAGAGACAGAGCUGCAGUGGGCAACCUGCAAUGCCCGCAACGCUGCAGCGACUUCUGCUGCCACUCGGGCCGCUGAAAAGUCUUUUCUUCUCUCUCCUCCCUCCCUCUCUCCCCUCUCUCCCCCUCUCUCCCUCCCUCUCUCUCCCUCCCUCUCUCGCUCCCCCCUCUCUCUCUCUCUCUAA